AUGGUUCAGACUAUGGAGCGGUGGGUGCAGCUGAAGCAGGCCGGGCUGGAGCCCCUUGGAUUGGGCCCACUCCCCCAGGCCCUAAGAAUGCCCCCGCCAGAGGGGAACCCAGGCCAGACCCUUAUGUCCUCAGGGACAGAACUUGGGGGUGCCAGAGAGCCGUUGUUGUGGAUCUGGGAGGAGUUGGGGAACCUGCGCCGAGCGGAUGUCCAGCUGUUGGGACAGCUGUGUCACCUGGGACUGGAGAUGGGUGCCCUGCGGGAGGAGCUGGUCACCAUCCUGGAAGAGGAGGAGGAAGAAGAGAAGGAAGAGGAAGAGGGAAGCUGUGUUGAAGAAGAGGAAGAAGGGCCUGAGGGGAAGCAGGAGGAAGGACAUCCUGGGGCCUCCUUUCCAGCCCAGCACCUCCCUCACUUUGAGAUGAUCAUCUGAGGUGAUAUAGUUUGACACACAAAUGAGAUACAAAUUCACGCAAAGGCAAGAGGAGAUUCGGAGGGUCCAAUCAGAUUGAGAAUCAGUGGUACUCCUUCAGCAGACUGUUCUCCCCAGAGGAGUGCUGCGGGGAGGUCCUGGUAGUGGCUCUGGGAGAUGUGGCCAGGUUUGACUGUAGGUUU